AUGAUGGAUAAUGAUGACGCAUGGAUGUAUUACCAUGAUGAAGUGGUGGAACAAAUUGACCUCAAUGUUAUCUUAAAAACGGCUGAAAGUGUGUGCAGUGCUCUUGGUUUCAAACUUGGCAAAACGUGGGAAGCGUACGUGACCGAAUUAUCAAAGUUGCCUUGGACUAACAACUAUCUCACUUCCUUGGAACUCGAGGAUUAUGGUGAGUUAGAAGAUCGAAUUCUGUAUGCUAUUUACUACGGAUCUUGUGGACUGAAGUGCAAAGAUCCCAGUACUGUGGAAAUUGACAGCCAAGUUGAAGUUCAAUGCCCUGAGAGAGUUGUGACGAAAGAUGAACAACCAAUGGACCUUGACUUGAUAUUAAUGACAUUCAAAAUAAGCUUUGUUUCUAGAAGUAAUAAAAUUUGUUUAUGACUAAAUUGUGAGUCAGUAUAUGUUUGUCUCUGUCUUAGUCAAGAUGGGGCUUUCUCUGUCUUUGCUUCUCUGUAUCGCGCACAAGCCAAAGCAUUGAAAGUGUCUUCAAGUGAAAUGGAAAUGCUUCAACAACAAUUUAAAGAUCUGCCGGGUUCGAGUCUAGAAAAGUUGAACAAACUCCACUCUGAGGUCUUUUCAAAAGUAAACUGGGGACGACUGGUGGUAUUUCUUAACUUCGCGGAUCAGCUAGAAUUAACCGAGGAGGAAUGGGAACUAUCAUUUAAUUUUCUCGUGCCCACUCUCACUCAGAUUCGAGAGUAGCUAUAUAAGUAAACAUCAAGAGGAAAGAAAUCAUUCUGGCUUGAACUUUCAUAGCGAUCAUCAACGAUGGGUUGCUGUCCUCCUUCGUCCACUUUUGGAUUUGAACACAUCUUUAGCGGCAUUCGUUGCGUAUUAGCCUGCUGUGGGGAUAGAGUGGUCGUACAAUAUUCAGAGUUCUGUGAUGGAGAAAACACUGACCAGCAUUUAUCUCGACCCAAGUCAGCCCCUAAGUUUCGGUGGUUUAGAUGCUGUUUACAGAGCAGUUAAAGUGAGAGGAAAGAACAAGAUAUCGCGUAAACAAGUCCGAGAAUGGUUGAGUCAGCAAGAUGUUUAUACUUUUCACAAGCCCGCGCGAAGACGCUACAAGAGAAGCCGAGUCAUCGUUCCUGGAAUACAUGCCCAAUUUCAAGCGGAUUUGGUCGAUCUUCAAAAUCUCAGUCGCCGCAACAAGGGUUAUAAACACUUCUUGACUUAUAUAGAUAUCUUCAGCAAAUACGCUUUUGUGUUACCUUUCAAGACAAAACAAGGUCAAGAACUGGUCAAAGCCUUUCACAAGAUCCUUUCUACUGGUCGAAAACCUAUCAAACUGCAGACGGAUCAGGGAACGGAGUUCCUAAAUCGUGUGUUCCAGAAAUUUCUGCGUGACGACAACAUUGACUUUUUUACUGUUAACUCUGGGCUCAAAGCCUCAGUGGUUGAGCGUUCUAACCGAACAUUUAAGAAUAAGAUGUACAAAUAUUUUACGGCCAAAAACACUCUCACCUAUAUCAAUGUACUACCCCAGUUAGUAUCUUCUUACAAUAACAUCUACCACCGAAGUAUUAAAAUGAAACCGAGUCAGGUGACUAUAACGAAUGAGGCUCAAGCGUGGGAUUCUUUGUAUGGGGAUGAUGUUUAAAAGCCUGUGCGAUUUAAAUUUCAAGUGGGACAUGCGUCAGCAUUAGCAAAGCAAAGAGAAUGUUUGAAAAAUCUUACUUACCUAAUUUUACGGAAGAAAUUUUUACUGUUUACAAGCGAAUGGCUCGUCAAGUACCCGUUUAUAAACUAAAAGAAGAUGCAGGUGAAAUCUCAGAUGGAACAUUUUAUGAGCCUAAAUUGCAGAAAAUUGUUAAGAACGAUGAUGUGUACCGCGUCGAGAAGAUUUUGCGGAAGAGAAAGCGUAAAGGAGUAGCAGAGCAUCUUGUGAGAUGUAAAGGAUACGAAGACCCAAAAUUUGAUUCCUGGGUUCAAGACAGUGAUAUUUUGAAGUUGUAAUUUAUGCGUUUUUUGUGUAGUGAAUAAAGGAAAAGGAAAUAAUAAAAUGAAUGGUGUGCGGUUUCUAAUAAAUUAAGAAUACCCAGAUUAAAAAGUUCAUUUCAACACAGGGUACGAUGGAGGUAACGCAGUUUUAUCUGCAUCUACCUAGUAAUAGCAGUCUUGAUAAAUUUCCGCAUAACACAUUAACAGAGUACCGACUCAGUUUACAACAAACCCUAAACCUCACAGGCGAACGGGAAGUGGCUUUGACCGAGAUCCAUUAUCCGCAUAGCUGGAAUAAUAUUCAACAGUUUCGAUUUUACGUUGGAAAUGAAAAACUCCACGGUGUUUGGGACUCUCUGGAGAUACUUCCGGGUCAUUAUUCUUCCGUCGAGGAUGUCCUUCAAAAGAUGAAAGAGUUAGUGGACACUGAAAAUCGGUAUACAGAUGAUGUACGGUUUUCAUACGAUAAUCUCAGCAGAAAGGUUACGGUUUAUUUGAAAAACAACGCAGAAGUCUCGCUAAAUGAUAUGGCCUAUAUGCUGGGGUUCACUCCCGAACAAAUUAUUUCAAAGACCCCCAAGGGGGACAGAUAA